AUGACUUUAAUGGUACCUUUCAAACAAGUUGAUGUAUUCACUGAGAAGCCCUUUAUGGGAAAUCCAGUAGCAGUAAUAAACUUCUUGGAAAUUGAUGAAAAUGAAGUCAGUCAAGAAGAAUUGCAGGCAAUUGCCAACUGGACAAACUUAUCAGAAACAACGUUUUUAUUUAAACCAUCUGAUAAAAAGUAUGAUUACAAGUUGAGGAUCUUUACUCCAAGAAGUGAAUUGCCAUUUGCUGGUCACCCAACCAUUGGUUCAUGUAAGGCUUUCCUUGAGUUCACCAAAAACACCACUGCGACUUCUCUCGUCCAGGAAUGUAAAAUAGGCGCUGUUCCAAUAACAAUUAAUGAGGGACUAAUUAGCUUCAAAGCUCCGAUGGCUGAUUACGAAAGUAUAUCGAGUGAGAUGAUUGCUGAUUAUGAAAAAGCGAUUGGUUUGAAAUUCAUAAAGCCUCCUGCUCUUUUACAUACUGGGCCAGAGUGGAUCGUGGCGCUAGUAGAAGAUGCAGAAACUUGCUUCAAUGCAAACCCAAAUUUUGCUAUGCUUGCACACCAGACAAAACAGAAUGACCAUGUGGGAAUUAUCCUAGCGGGCCCUAAAAAGGAAGCCGCCAUCAAAAACUCCUACGAAAUGAGGGCGUUUGCUCCGGUGAUAAACGUUUAUGAAGAUCCUGUUUGUGGUAGUGGUUCUGUAGCCCUUGCAAGAUAUUUGCAAGAAGUUUAUAAGUUUGAGAAAACCACGGAUAUUACCAUUUCUGAGGGUGGAAGGUUAAAAAGAAAUGGCCUAAUGUUAGCUUCAAUUAAGAAAGAAGCUGAUAAUAGCACUUCCUACUAUAUAGCAGGUCAUGCCACUACCGUUAUUGAUGGUAAGAUCAAAGUUUAG